AUGACCUCUUCUGGCCAGCCCAGCCCCCAGAGGCACCCUCCAGGGAUGGCUCCUCCUGAGGCCGAGGCGCCGGGCCUGAGCUCUCAGGCCGUCCUGGACCAACUGAAGAAGCAGUUCCCGAGGUCCCUUCCUCACUUGCAGGCGCGGCUGGACAGCCUUUACUACUUGAUCCAGAAAGUUCGGCAGGAUCUGCAGGAACACCACAGGCAGACAGAACACUUUCGGCGGCUCAUGGAGAGAUGCCGCCAGUCCCAGGUCCAGCCGCGGGAGGCUGACCAGGACGCCUGGGGGCCCGCCAGUCCCACGGACAAGCCCCCUGAGCCCUCCGGUCUGCAGGGGCCAGACUUCGCAGACGUCAUGGCAACCAGGUCAUCCGACUGGUUCCAGCAGCCCUCUGGAGCGGACGGCUCCUCAGCUCUCCAGCUAGACACAUUGUUGUCCUGCGACUCUGAGCCCCAGUUUUGGCAGGAUGUUCUGACCCAGCAGCUCUGGCAGAUUCUCGCCGGGACCCCAUCGAGGCACAGGCGGCCAGAACAGAUGCCGGGCCUGGAGAGCCAGAACGUGGGACCCUUCUACUUUGGAGCGGAGCCCUACAUGGAAGAUACCCUGGCCCCGCUCUCCACCCUCCUGUGCCCCCUCCCCCCCACCGCCCCUCCAGGUUUCCAGGAAGGGAGCACAGGGCCGGGCAUGGCACCAGGGGCGAUGCUGUCCCAUGUGGCCCAGGAGCCUGCCAGGAGAACCUGUCGCCUUCUGAAGCCCAUAUGCUGGGACUCUGAGGACUUCGAAGUCUCCUGGGAGAGGCCAGAUGCGUUGCCCUGGCAACCCAAGAAGCUGGCCGUCCCACACAGAAUAAGGCUGGUGCGGACGCUGCGGCCCGGGGAGUCGGUGCUGGCCACGGCCGUGAGCAGCUUCACGCGGCACGUGUUCACCUGCGGCAGGGACGGCGUCCAGGUGUGGAGCCUGGCCGGCCAGAAGGUGGAGGACAGGUUCCCCGUGAGCCACCUGCGCGUCGAGGACUCAUUCGCCUACCUGCGCACCUGCCUGCUGUUCUCCAAUAGCACCACGCUGCUGACGGGCGGCCACAACCUGGCCGGCGUGAGCGUCUGGGACCUCAUGGCGCCCUCCCUGCGCGUCAGAGACGAGCUGCCCGCGCCACACCUCACUUGCCAGGCCCUGGCUGCCAACCUGGAGGACAGCCUGGCCUUUGCCAGCUUCACGGAAGGCAACAUCAGGAUCUGGGACCUGCGGGACCACAGUGUGGUCAGGGACCUGCCGGGCCCUCCGCAUGGAGUCAAGAGCAUUGCAGUCAAAGACAGUAACAUCUGGGCGGGGGGCCUGGGGGCCUGCCUGCGGUGCUGGGACCUGAGGACCAAGGAGCCCCGGGAGUACCAGUAUGAGUCUCAGAUCAUAAGCCUGUCCCCCAGCCCCCGGGAGGACUGGGUUCUGGUGGGCACAGCCAAUGGCCAGCAGUGGCUGCAGUCCACCCUCGGGGACCAGAGGCACAUGGUGGGCUGUAAGGAAAGCACCAUCCUCGGUCUCAAGUUCUCCCCUCUCGGCCAGUGGUGGGUGAGCGUGGGGAUGGACACCCUGGUCAGCAUCUACAGCAUGCCCACAGGAACCCUGCAGUUCCAGGUUCCCGAGAAAAUGUCUGUCAUGUGCUGUGACGUUUCCCCCAACAACCGCCUCAUCGCCACGGGGACCAGGGAACAUGCCUCCGUGUACCAGAUCAUGUACUGA